AUGGGCUCGUCAGGAACCUGCAUCUCUGUGCGGAUAUACUUGCUCUUUGUGCUACUGGAGUUUUACUGGGAAGCCGUAUGCGGCCAGCUCUCUUACUCCGUGGCAGAAGAAAUGAAUGUGGGGACCUUUGUGGGAAAUAUCGCAAAGGAUUUAAGUCUAAACGUGCAAGAUCUGGAAUCCCGCAUGUUUCAGAUCGUUGAGGGGACCAAGAGGAAAUAUUUCGAGGUAAACAUAAAGACUGGUGUUCUCUAUGUUAAUGAGAUAAUAGAUAGGGAGGAACUGUGCGGAGAUGAAUCCAAAUGUUCUCUCGGUGUAGAGGCUGUCAUUAAUAAUCCGUUAAAAUUAUACCGUAUUGAAAUUACAAUAUUAGAUGUAAAUGACAAUUACCCAUUAUUUUCGAGCCAUGUACAAUUGCUGAACAUUAGUGAGACUACACCAGUAGGAUCUAAAUUUCCUCUGCACCCAGCUCACGACGCAGAUGUUGGUAAAAAUACUGUAAAUUCAUACAAGCUCAGCCAAAAUGAACACUUUUCUCUUGAUGCACAAAAGGGAGAAAGUGUGACUCCAGAGUUAGUGCUUCAUAAGCUUUUGGACCGAGAACACCAGCCUAAUAUCACACUCAUAUUGACUGCUAUUGAUGGAGGAACACCAGCUAAAUCAGGCACCAUAACUAUUGUUGUGAAUGUUCUGGAUAGUAAUGAUAAUGCUCCAGUAUUCAAUCAAAAUCUAUACAAAGUGAGUGUAUAUGAGAAUAUUGAGAUUGGCACAUCAAUAAUAAACUUGAAUGCUACGGAUUUAGAUGAGGGGAAAAAUGGAGAAGUGUUCUAUUCUUUCAAUGCUGGAGGGAGAGAGAAGCAAACACAUAUAUUUGUUAUUGAUGAAGAAACGGGAGUAGUCACAAAUAAAAAAAGUAUUGACUUUGAAAAAGAUAACGCAUUUGAACUCCGAAUACGGGCCAGUGAUGGAGGAGCUUCUCCCUUAACUUCUCACACCAAAUUACUAAUCCAAGUUUUAGAUGUCAAUGACAAUGAGCCUGAAAUUUCAUUCACAUCAUUAUUAAACACAAUUAAAGAAGAUGCUACAAUUGGCACGGCCAUUGCAAUUGUCUCUGUAUUGGACAAGGAUAGCGGUAAAAAUGGCUUGGUACAUUGUAAAAUUGAGAAUGGUGUGCCUUUCAAACUCGAGUCAAAUUAUAAGAACUCCUACUCGUUGGUAGUCGGUGGUCCUCUUGACAGAGAAAGUGUAUCGGUUUACAAUAUCAGUAUUAUUGCAAAUGAUGAAGGGACUCCACCCCUGUCCAGCACCAGUUUUAUUAAUGUGCACAUCUCUGAUGUUAAUGACAACAAGCCUCACUUCUCAGAGCCUCUCAUUAAUAUUUAUAUCAAAGAAAAUAGUUCCCCAGGAGCAGUAAUUCAUAAAGUGACUGCAGUUGAUGCUGAUGUUGAUCAAAAUGCGCAUGUGACUUACUCAAUUGUGCAAAGUAGCAAUGAUUCGGUGCCAAUAACUACUAUGAUAAACAUCAACUCAGCCAGUGGAGAAAUAUUAAGUUUGCAGUCUUUUGACUAUGAGAGGUUAAAGAUGUUUCAGUUUAAUAUUUUAGGGACAGACUCUGGUGUUUCUCCACUCAGCAGCAACAUGACAGUAAAUGUUUUCAUCCUGGAUGAGAAUGACAAUAGUCCCACCAUUUUGGCUCCUUAUUCUGAGCACGGUUCAGUCAACAGUGAGAGCAUCCCCUAUUCCGCUGAAGCGGGAUACUUUGUGGCAAAAAUCAGGGCAAUAGAUGCAGACUCUGGAUACAACGCACUGCUGUCAUAUCACCUGUCCGAGCCCAAAGGGAACAACCUCUUCCGGAUCGGAACCAGCACAGGGGAGAUCCGCACCAAAAGGAGAAUGAGUGACAAUGAUCUGAAAAGUCAUCCAUUGGUGGUUGUGGUAUCUGAUAAUGGAGAAGCCUCCCUUUCAGCUACUGUGUCUAUUGAUGUGAUGGUGCUUGAAAGCACAGCAGACAUCCACACUCAGUUCAAACAUACGCCCAUUAAGGAGGAGAGCUUCUCCGAUUUACACUUGUAUCUCCUCAUCGCCAUUGUGGCCGUGUCACUCAUCUUCUUGCUCAGCCUCAUCAUUUUAAUAGCCUUCAAAUGCCACAGACAGACGGACAGAACUUUUGAUAGGUUCAGCGCCCCAAUGAUCACCACCCAUCCCGAUGGGAGCUGGUCUUAUUCCAAAGCUACUCACCAGUACGACGUGUGUUUCAGCUCAGACACGCUCAAGAGUGACAUGGUGGUGUUCCCCACACCGUUCCCACCUGUAGAAGCAGAACUAAUUAGUAUAAACGGAGGAGAUACCUUUACCAGGACUCAGACUUUACCCACGACUGAGAAGGUAGGUUGUACGUUUUUGUAUUUUUCUUGGCAAGUGAAUAGAUAA